UUCCUUAUCCCCAGCUCACUGUCCGCUUAGAUUUCUCGGGCCCCACAUCUUUGCCACGUCACUCCCUAUCACCCUCCAGAGCUCCGCUUCCUGACCGCUCAAUGUCAUCCAUGAACUGAUCUGGACGCCGAUAUCCGUCCACCAUCCGCCAUGGAAGCUCUGCUCCCCAGCAAAUCGUCCCUCUCCCGCCUCAAGAUCGCUCCGGCCCUCACACUCUCUCCUCUCUUCUCCCACUCCCUCCGUCUCAAGCCGGCCCACAGGCCCAGCUUCGCCGCCCUCGCGAUCCAGAACCCGGAGAAGAAGCUCGAGGAAUCAGAGUCGCCGGCGCCCGCCCCGACGUUCUUUCAGGACCAGAAGGUGGCCGCCGCCGACGAUGAGUCGUUCGGAGAAGUCGAUAAGAUCAUCGGCAGCAGAGCCCUGGAAGGUGGGACCGGCAUGGAGUACUUGAUCGAGUGGAAGGACGGCCACGAGCCAUCGUGGGUCCCGUCGGACUUCAUUGCUAAGGACGUCGUGGCGGAGUACGAGACUCCGUGGUGGACCGCGGCCAAGAAGGCCGACGAGGCUGCCCUCCGCGGGCUUAUCGAGGCCAAAGACGGCCGUGACGUGGACGCUGUCGAUGGGGAUGGCCGGACAGCACUCCUCUUCGUUGCGGGGCUCGGUUCGGAGCCCUGCGUCCGGCUCCUGGCCGAGGCAGGUGCCAACCUGAACCACCGGGAUAACAGCGGAGGCUUCACGGCCCUCCACAUGGCAGCUGGUUACGUGAAGCCGGGGGUGGUGAAGCUUCUGGUGGAGCUCGGCGCGGACUCAGAGGUGGAAGACGACCGCCGCCGCACGCCGCUGGACCUCGCCAAGGAAAUCCUGAAGGUGACCCCGAAGGGGAACCCGAUGCAAUUCGCGAGGAGGCUGGGGCUGGAGGCGGUGGUCAGGGAGCUGGAGGCGGUGGUGUACGAGUACGCGGAGGUGGAGGAGAUACUGGAGAAGAGGGGCAAGGGGAAUAACCUGGAGUACCUGGUGCGGUGGAAGGAUGGCGGGGAGAAUGAGUGGGUGAAAGCGGCUUUCGUCGGCGAGGACCUUAUUGGGGACUUCGAGGCGGGGCUGGAGUAUGCCGUGGCGGAGGAGGUGGUGGCCAAGAGGGUUGGCAAUGAAGGGAAGAUGGAGUACCUCGUGAGAUGGACGGACAUCGAGGAUGCCACGUGGGAGCCUGAGGAGAAUGUCGACCCCGAUCUGAUCAGGGAGUUUGAGGAGUCGAGUCAACAAGGGCAAGAAGCGAACGGACAAAGUCAAGGUCGACCGAGGAGUGACGAUAAUGGCUCAUUGUGACUUGAUUUUUGUACACGAGAAAUCUAGUUGGUGUUUCAUUAUACCACAUGAUUAGAUAGGAUUGUCGACGGAUCUCUCUUUGUAAUGUAGAGGGGUUUGAUCAUGUAAUGCAGAACACGAGCCAGUCCCUAUUUGUAUGACUGUAUCAUUAGAAAAAUAUGAACAGUGGUUCUCGAGCAAUCAUUUUUAUCCUCACUUUCGUUCCCUUUA